CUCUGUCCUCUUCCCCCUCCGCCGCGCUCCUGCCCCACCAUGUCCCCACCCUCGCCUCUGCUCCUACCAGAUCCUGGGGUCGGUCAAGUCUUCCGGCUUCUCUGAGACUUGGGGUCCUCACCACUGCAAAAGGGACGGCUAAACCUUCCUGGCGGAUUAUGAUUAGCCGCGAGGACGGGGAAGGAGCAUCCAGGGAGGUUGUCCGUCUGCCUUUCUGCAGGUGCUGGUGAGCACAUGUGUGUUUCAUGCCCCGUGGCGUUUGCUCAACUUGGGUGACAUGCGCAUGCACAUGGCCGGCUCCGCCUCAGGUCUGCAUGUGGCAGCGGCACAUGUUCCUGCUACUGAGUCACGUCUACGCAUCCCGAUCACCUUCACCUGGAGCACCUUCUCUGUGUCCUCUGUGGCCAGGCCCCUUCUUGAAGCUCCAGGAGCUGCCAGGUCUUGAAGGAGUCCCUAUGCCCUGGGAGCGUCGGAGCUGGCAGUAGGUGGCCAGUGGGAACUGGAGCAGCUCAGAUCCCAGUCUGGCGGGGGGAAGGAGACCCUGGCAGGCAUCUGCAUCCUGCCCCGAGGACUUCAAACAUGCUCAGCAGUCUGUCACUAAGAAACAGACCCAAGGCCCCUCUCCACCUUCUUCUCUUCACAGCCCUGGAGAGGCUGCUGCUCUGAGUCUUUUUCCAGCUCCUCGUUACCUCUCCACCCUCCAUGAGGCACCACUGCCUCGUGGGAGAGACGGGUACAGCACGAAGAGCUCGUACAGCUGCUCUAUGUCCGCUGUGCAUGGAUACAGCCGCGUGAAAUCACACUUAGGACGCCACCAAGGGCCCCCCCAGCCUGGUACCCCUUGCACGGAUUGGUCAGGUAGCGAGUUGUGCCUUGGAAGGAAGGAAGCCUCUAUCUGGGGCUCUAGCCUCUGCACUCCGGAAUACCAAGACUGGUCUUGGCUCUGAGCCUCAGACUGGAGGCCUCAUCUUGGGGACAAAUGGAGCUGCCAAUUCCCACAAACCUGCUCCCCCUGCCACAGCUUCCCUUCUCCCGUGAUGUGACCGUGUGCCCAAGCUUCGGAGUGGAGUUGUGCCUGUCCAGCCAGGAUGAUGCUCUGUGGGACCUUCCUGGAAAAUGAGUUCCGGGGUGAGCUGCUGAGUCAGAGGUGGACACAAGAAGACAAAACAAGCAACUGCAAGACCUCGAGGCUCCUUCUGGGCAGACGCAGCAAGAUGAGCUUAGAACAUGAGGAUAAGCGGGCUCGUACGCGAUCCAAGGCCCUCCGAGUGCCCCCAGAGCCCACAGGUGCCGACCUCAGCUGCCCCACCCCGGGAUGCACCGGCUCAGGACACAUCCGGGGCAAGUACUCCAGGCACCGCAGUUUGCAGAGUUGCCCUCUGGCCAAGAAGAGGAAGCUGGAGGGUGCCCAGCCCGAGCACCUGGUGUCCAAGCGGAAGUCCCACCCCCUGAAGCUGGCUCUGGACGAGAGCUACAGUGUGGACACCGAUGGCAGUGAGGAUGCCGAGGUGAAGGACGCCUCUGUUUCGGAUGAAUCGGAAGGAACUCUGGAGGAGGACGAGGCUGAAAUGUCAGGACAGGAGGAGAUUCAUCGUUCUGAACCAGCUGAAGGAAGGAGCCCUGUCAAGUCUCACUUUGGAUCCAACCCCAUCAGCAGCCCCACGGGCUCCACCAAGGGCAGCUACAGCAGUUAUCAGGAAAUCAUCGCCACUUCUCUCCUAAAUUUGGGCCAAAUUGCUGUAGAGACCCUAGUUGGGGAGGACUUGGGUCAGGUGGCCAAGCCGGGCCCUGGUGUUGUGCACCUGGUGCAGGAGGAGGCUGAAGAAGGGGCCACCAGUGAUGAGGGGGAGAAGGACGUGUUCAUCCAGCCAGAGGAUACAGAAGAAGUCAUGGAAGUCACCAGGGAGCACUCCCAGGAGCUGGGUCCCCAGUCUGGGGAGGGCAUGGUCAGCGAGGAGUCAAGCAAGAUGAAAGUUGACUUGGGUAAUGAAGAAGAGGAGGAGGAAGACGAGGUGGAGGAAGAGGAGGAGGAGGAGGAGGAGGAGGAGGAGGAAGAGGAUGAGGAGGAGGAGGAAGAGGAGGAGGAGGAGGUGGAGGAGGUGGAGGAGGAAGAGGAGGAGGAAGAGGAGGUAUCUACUUCCGAUGUAAUCUGCCAGGAGGAUGCUCCCCAUGCUCCCACCCAGAAGGCCCCAGAACCCCGGCACCCAGCAUCUUCCAGCCCCAAGCCUGAGUACUCUGUCAUAGUGGAGGUGCGCUCAGAUGACGGCAAGGAUGAAGACUCGCACUCCCAGAAGUCUGCAGUCACGGAUGAGUCAGAGAUGUAUGACAUGAUGACACGUGGAAACCUGGGCCUUCUGGAGCAGGCUAUUGCCCUGAAGGCUGAGCAGGUGCAAGCUGUCUGUGAGCCAGGCUGCCCACCCACCGAGCAGGGCCAGCUGGGCCCUGGUGAGCCAGGGAAGGUGGUGAGGCCCCUGGAUGCUGCACGGAAGAACUACUGCAGCAAAGAUCCCUCUAGAGCUGAGAAACGCGAGAUCAAGUGUCCAACACCAGGCUGUGAUGGCACUGGCCAUGUGACAGGGUUGUAUCCUCACCACCGAAGCCUAUCUGGUUGCCCCCACAAGGACAGGAUCCCCCCGGAGAUCUUGGCUAUGCACGAGAAUGUGCUCAAGUGCCCUACUCCUGGCUGUACAGGCCAAGGCCACGUGAAUAGCAACCGAAACACGCAUAGAAGUUUGUCUGGAUGCCCCAUUGCUGCUGCUGAAAAAUUAGCCAAAUCUCAUGAGAAGCAACAGCCGCAAGCGGGAGAUCCUUCCAAGAAUAGCUCCAACUCAGAUCGGAUCCUCAGGCCCAUGUGCUUUGUGAAGCAGCUUGAAGUCCCUCCGUAUGGAAGCUACCGGCCCAGUGUGGCCCCUGCCACACCCAGGGCCAACUUGGCCAAGGAGCUGGAGAAGUUCUCCAAGGUCACCUUUGACUACGCAAGUUUUGACGCUCAGGUUUUUGGCAAACGCAUGCUUGCCCCAAAGAUUCAGACCAGCGAAACCUCACCUAAAGCCUUUAAAUCCAAACCUUUCCCAAAGGCCUCUUCCCCCAGGCACAGCCCCAGCACUUCAUCCUCUUCUGCAGGCUUCGACUACGCGCAUGAUGCCGAGGCUGCGCACAUGGCUGCCACAGCCAUUCUGAACCUCUCCACACGCUGCUGGGAGAUGCCUGAGAACCUCAGCACGAAGCCACAGGACUUGCCCAGCAAGGCUCCAGACAUUGAGGUGGAUGAAAACGGAACUCUGGACUUGAGCAUGCACAAACACCGCAAGCGAGAAAAUGCUUUCCCCAGCAGCAGCAGUAGCAGCAGCAGCCCUGGUGUGAAGUCUCCUGAUGCUUCCCAGCGUCACAGCAGCACCAGUGCCCCAAGCAGCUCCAUGACCUCGCCCCCAUCCAGCCAGGCUUCCCGCCAGGAUGAGUGGGAUCGACCUCUGGACUAUACCAAACCCAGCCGCCAGCGAGAGGAGGAACCCGAGGAGUCAGAGCCAGCAGCCCAUUCUUUUGCUUCUUCUGAAGCAGAUGACCAGGAAGUGUCGGAAGAGAGUUUUGAGGAGCGCAAGUAUCCUGGGGACGUUACCCUGACCAACUUUAAGAUGAAGUUUCUCUCCAAGGACAUAAAGAAGGAGCUACUCACCUGCCCCACCCCUGGCUGUGACGGCAGCGGCCACAUCACCGGGAACUAUGCCUCUCACCGCAGCCUCUCUGGUUGCCCUCUUGCUGACAAGAGCCUCAGAAACCUCAUGGCUGCCCAUUCUGCUGACCUCAAGUGCCCCACACCCGGCUGUGACGGCUCUGGCCACAUUACAGGGAACUACGCAUCACACCGAAGCUUGUCAGGCUGCCCUCGUGCCAAGAAAAGUGGAGCCAGGGUGACCCCCACAAAGGAUGACAAGGAAGACCCUGAGCUGAUGAAGUGCCCUGUGCCAGGCUGUGUGGGGCUCGGUCACAUCAGCGGCAAAUAUGCCUCACACAGAAGUGCAUCUGGCUGUCCACUGGCCGCUCGGAGGCAGAAAGAGGGUUCCCUUAAUGGCUCGCCAUUCUCCUGGAAAUCACUGAAGAACGAGGGGCCCACUUGCCCCACUCCAGGCUGUGAUGGCUCCGGUCAUGCCAACGGUAGCUUCCUCACCCACCGGAGCUUAUCUGGCUGUCCCAGAGCAACCUUUGCUGGAAAGAAGGGAAAAGUCUCAGGGGAUGAGGUUCUCAGCACGAAGUUCAAGACGAGUGAUGUACUGGAGAACGAUGAAGAGAUCAAGCAGCUGAACCAGGAGAUUCGCGACCUGAACGAGUCCAACUCGGAGAUGGAAGCCGCCAUGGUGCAGCUGCAGUCCCAGAUCUCCUCCAUGGAGAAGAGCCUGAAGAACAUCGAAGAGGAGAAUAAGCUCAUUGAGGAGCAGAAUGAAGCCCUGUUUCUGGAGCUGUCGGGCCUGAGCCAGGCCCUCAUCCAAAGUCUCGCCAACAUCCGCCUUCCGCACAUGGAGCCAAUAUGUGAGCAGAAUUUUGAUGCCUACGUGAGCACCCUCACAGACAUGUACUCCAACCAGGAGUGCUACCAGAACCCCGAGAACAAGGACCUCCUGGAGAGCAUCAAGCGGGCUGUGAGGGGCAUCCAGGUCUAGACCCCAUCACUCCAGAAGCCACCCCGCCAAUCGGGACGUCCGGGGCAGCCCAACUUGGCUCCGUCGUUUACCUCCCUUGCUCUGCCCCCACAGUGGGGAGUCCCAAUUCACAGUGACUUCUAGUUGGCAGCCCAGGGAGGCCUCAGGUGGGCUUAUCCACAGGGGUGCCUGGAAAUCAGUGUCUUUCUUGUUGCACUUGCCAGGCUGGAGGCCUCGACCUCCCCACAGGAGUGCAGGGCAGGGCAUGAAGUAUUACAAAGUGAUUUAUUUUUGUUUUUGAAAGAAAUCUGAAGAGCAGCUCAAAGUCUCCAGUGAAAGCUCAUGGACAAGGUUCUCAGGGAAGUUUUGGAGUUUGCAACCACAGUAUUCCUUUGUCU